AAUGAAAAUAAAUUAAAAAGUUUUUCCCAACGAAGAAAAAUUCAAGAAGAAGUUAACAAGCGUGAUGUCACAAUGCUACAGCUGAUGAUGCAACAAAAGAAGAAUCAACGACCUGAAUUAAUCGAUAAAACUGAGAAAAUGAAAGAAACAAGAAAGGAAAAAACUCUUUCGACAAUAUUUACCUCAAUGGAAAAAUUAUCGGAAGGUCCGUUCAGUGUCUUGCAUCGAAUAACAAACGAUCGAGCUCGAUGCAAAGUUUUUACGAGGAAUUUCUGUGGAUUGCGCGGGGUGUUGUGCGGUUAUGUUGUCGCGUAUGAUCGGUUCAUGAAUAUGGUAAUGGUCGACGUAGACGAAACAUUUUGCAAAUCACCACUGGGUGGGGUUGCGCAACAUCAACAAAGGAUGUCGACAUUCAAACUCAACAGCGCUGUGAAAGACAUCUCCUUAUAUGGAGUGAAAGGUUCGGCGACGAGCAUUGGGAUCAAUGAGGUUCCUCGUCACACGGUGGCGCAGGGUGGCCAGCCACCGUUGUUCCAUAGACAUCUUACAAACUUAUAUGUCCGCGGAGAUUCUGUUAUUUUAAUUUCAAUUUAAACCAUUGAGUGGUGCUGUUAUUUUGUUUAUGACGUCAGAAUAAAGGACACGGUUUAGAACA